AUGGAUGACUCCAUGAUGGAAGACUCGGUCUUCGAUGAUGAUGGAGGCAGCUCUGACUUUGCUCCUGAGCCUGCACCGAAACCCAAAGCUAAGGCGGCUCCUAAGAAACCUGCUGCCGCCAAACCUGCCGCCAAAAAGACCACCCAGACCACACUCAAGGUCAAGCCUGCUGCAAAGGCGGCUGCGACUAAGAAGAAGGCCAAGGCCGACAGCGAGGACGAAGUGACCGAUAUUAAAAUGUCCGAUGAUGAUUCUCUGCUCUCCCACACCCCUCCCAAGGCCAAGAAAACGGCUGCACCUAAGAGAGCUGGCUCAAAGCCUCUUGCCGAUCUCGAAAAUGAGUCUCACGGGGGAGACGCUGCUACUGACAGCACGAGCAAGACUGGCAAUGCAUCAGACAAGUACCAGAAACUUACCCAACUUGAACACAUUAUUAAACGUCCCGAUACCUACAUUGGAUCCACUGAGCGCACCACGCAGCAGAUGUGGGUGUACAACUCCGGAACCGAGUCCAUGGAGUACCGCGAUGUAUCUUUCGUCCCUGGUCUCUACAAAAUCUUUGACGAGAUUGUGGUCAACGCCGCCGAUAACAAGCACAACGACUCGAACAUGAACGAGAUGCGGAUCACGAUUGACCGCGAGGCCGGUGAAAUUAGCGUGUGGAACAACGGACGUGGUAUCCCUAUCGAGAUUCACUCUAAGGAGAAGAUCUACGUGCCCGAACUCAUUUUCGGCCAUCUGCUCACUUCUUCCAACUACGACGAUAGCCAACAGAAGGUGACUGGAGGUCGCAACGGUUUCGGUGCCAAACUUUGUAAUGUUUUCUCGACAGAGUUCACUCUCGAAACCCAGGACUCCCGUCAGAAGAAGAAGUACAAGCAAAUCUGGACCGAGAACAUGACGAAAAUGGGCAAGGCAAAGAUCACAGAUGCCAAGGGAGAUGACUAUACCAAGGUCACUUUCAAGCCAGACUUUGCCAAAUUCGGCAUGGAUGGCAUCGACGAUGACUUUGAAGCCCUUGUCAAGCGCAGAGUCUACGAUUUGGCGGGUACCGCCAAUGUUGGUGUCAAAUUGAACGGCACACGCGUCCCUGUUCGCAAUUUCCGAAAGUAUAUGGAAAUGUACACCAAAGCCAUUCGCAAGGAGCGCGGUGAUGAUGGUCCUCCUUCAAAGGAUGAAAUUAUCACAUGCCAACCCGAUCCUCGAUGGGAGAUUGGUUUUGCUGUUUCGGACGGUUCGUUCCAACAAGUCUCAUUCGUCAACUCAAUCGCAACAACCUCGGGCGGAACGCACGUCAACUACAUCGCUGAUCAGAUCUGUACCCGCUUGGCCGAUCAGGUGAAGAAGAAGAACAAGUCUGGAGCAACUCUGAAGUCGGCACAGAUUCGGAACCACAUCUUCAUUUUUGUAAAGGCCUUGAUCGUUAACCCGGCCUUCACCUCCCAGACCAAGGAACAGUUGACCACAAAGGCCAGUCAGUUCGGUAGCAAGUGUCCCCUUGAUGAAGAUUUCUACAAGAAGGUUUUGAAGACUGAGGUUAUGUCAAAUAUCCUGCACUUCGCGGAGCAAAAAGCCGACCAGAUCUUGAAGAAGGGUGAUACUGGCCGACGCACGCGUAUGAACAAUCCAAAGUUGGUCGACGCCAACAAGGCUGGUACUAGAGAGGGCCACCACUGUACCCUCAUUUUGACCGAGGGUGAAUCAGCCAAGGGAUUGGCCAUGGCAGGCAGAGCAGUUGUUGGACCAGAUUUGUUCGGCGUUUUCCCCCUGCGCGGAAAGCUUCUUAAUGUCCGCGAUGCUUCUUUUGACCAAAUUUCAAAGAAUGUGGAAAUUCAAAGUAUCAAGAACUUCAUUGGUCUACAGCACAAGAAGGAGUACACUGAGACCAAGGGGCUGCGAUAUGGCCAUCUCAUGAUCAUGACUGAUCAGGAUCACGACGGUAGUCACAUUAAGGGUUUGCUCAUCAACUUCCUUCAAGCGCAGUUCCCCAGCUUGCUCAAGAUUCCUGAGUUCCUCAUUGAGUUCAUCACCCCCAUCAUCAAGGUUUGGAAGGGUGACCCGAAGAACCCGACCAAGCAGAAAUCGUUCUUCACCAUGCCCGAACAUGAGGAAUGGCGUGAAGCUCACAAACACGAACGCGGCUGGGACCACAAGUACUACAAGGGGUUGGGAACCAGCACCACGGAAGAUGCACAGGUCUAUUUCCGCGACCUCGAUCGUCAUCUGAAGGAGUUCCACACCAUGCAAGACGGUGAAGCCGGACUCAUCGAGCUGGCUUUCUCUAAAAAGAAAGCAGAUGAGCGUAAAGAGUGGCUUCGUCAAUACAAACCUGGCACAUAUCUGGACCAUUCCGUGGCGAAGAUCACAUACACCGACUUCAUCAACAAGGAGCUCAUCCUGUUCAGUAUGGCAGAUAACCAACGUUCGAUCCCUUCCGUUGUCGAUGGUUUGAAGCCCGGUCAGCGCAAGGUGCUUCACACCUGUUUCCGCCGUAAUCUGAAGAAGGACAUGAAGGUGGUUGAGCUGGCAGGUCAUGUAUCCGGAAUGACAGCCUACCACCACGGCGACGUCUCCCUUCAGCAGACUAUCGUUGGUCUUGCCCAGACCUUUGUUGGCUCCAACAAUAUCAACUGCCUAGAGCCUAGUGGAAACUUUGGUAGUCGACUUCAAGGUGGUAAUGAUUGUGCCAGUGCUCGUUACAUCUACACUCGCCUGUCCCCCUUUGCACGCAAAAUCUUCCAUACGGCCGAUGAGCCACUACUAACAUACAACGAAGACGAUGGCAAGAAAAUUGAGCCCGAGGUCUUUAUGCCUGUCGUCCCGAUGAUUCUGAUCAACGGCGCGGAUGGUAUCGGAACUGGUUGGAGUUCUUCUAUUCCCAACUACAAUCCCGAGGAUAUUGUGAACAAUCUCAAGCGCUUGAUGGCUGGCGAACCGACUGAGCCAAUGCAGCCUUGGUUCCGUGGGUUUACCGGUGAGGUUGUGGCCGUGGGUGGGGAUCGAUACAAAUUCAGCGGUAUCAUCAGGGAAUGUGGUGACAAGGAGGUCGAGAUCACCGAAUUGCCUAUUCGCACUUGGACACAAGAUUUCAAGGACAAGCUGGAGGAAAUCAUCAAGGCAGAGAAGGUGCCAUCCUUCAUCAAGGAUUACAGGGACUACAACACUCACACCAAGGUCCACUUCAUCAUCCAACUCGAUGAGAAACACAUGAAGGUUGCUUUGACUGAAGGCUUGGAAGAAAAAUUCAAGCUCACCAAGUCGAUUGCAACAACCAAUCUGGUGGCUUUCGAUCCCGAGGGCCGCAUUACUAAGUACGCCACUGUCGAUGACAUUCUCAAGGAGUUCUAUGUCGUCCGUCUCAAAUAUUAUGAGCGACGCAAGCAGUUCCAACUUUCCGAUCUACAGAGAGAGCUGGAGAAGCUGAGCAACCAAGCUCGCUUUGUGCAGAUGAUUAUUGAUGGCAAAUUGGUCAUCUCCAAGAAGAAAAAGCCUGUUCUAAUCACUGAGCUAAAGGAAAAGGGCUUCAAGCCAAUUGCCAAGGUGGCCGAGGCCGCCAAGAUGGGCGAAGAUGAGCCUGUAGUAGAAGAAGGAGAAGAAGAGCCAGAUGACAAUGAUGCUGCAGUGCUAUCCAGCUCCUUCGACUACCUUCUGGGUAUGCCCAUGUGGUCACUGACCCAAGAGCGCGUGGAGAAGCUCCGUCGUCAGAUCGGUGAGAAGGAAACAGAGGUCGACGUCUUGAUUAAGCUGUCCAAGGAGGACAUCUGGACUCACGAUUUGGAGGAGUUCAUCAAUGAGUGGCGCUUCCAGCUUGAAGAUGAGGACCGUCGAGCCCGCAAGGUGGCUAGCUUGGGCCGUCGCAACUCUACCAAGCUGGCCACUGGUGGUGGUCGCGCCGCGGCUUCGCGCAAGCGUAAGGCUGCUAACGGUGACGAUCCAGACGACGAAGACUUUGGGGCCCCUAAGACGAAGAAGGCCGCCGCAGCUAAGAAAAAAGAGCAGCCCAAAAACAGCUUGAUGAAUUUCCUCAGUCAACCUCCGAGCAAACCAACACCAUCGGCUGCAGCAGAUGGAACUGUUGACUCGGAUGAUGAAUUCAACAUGGACAUGGAAAUCCUUCCGAAGAAGAGCCGUGCUACCUCGAAGCCUAAGACUCUGCCUAAACAGGAAGACGACUUUAUCGAUAUCGACGACAUUCCCCAAACCUCGCGGGCAUCAGCUCAGCCGGCUGACGACACGAUGGACGUAGAUAUGGAUGAGGUUCCAAAGCCCAAACCAGCGGCCAAGGCAGCGGCCAAACCAGCCGCUAAACGAGGACCUAAGCCCAAGGCCAAGGUCGAAGAGGACUCGGAUGACGACUUCUUGGAGAUUGCCAAAUCCGAGGCUUCCAAGCCCGCAGUGCAAUCUUCUCGCGCUCGCAAGCCUGUGAAGUACUCAGCGCCUAGCGACUCUGACAGUGAUAACGGUGAUAAUCUUCUUGGAGACGUUAGCAUGAUGGUCAAGGGCAUUGGUGGUGACUCAGCCGCCGAUUCUCGACAACUCUUUUCGGAACGCCCCCGUUCGGAAAGUAGUGCUAGCGUGAAGACUACCGCAAAGUCUUCAAAGGCCAACGAUGAUUUUGAUCCGGAUGAGACGGACUACAGCAAGCUCAUUCCUCAAAACUCCCCACGUCGCUCCAUCCAGGUCAAGCCUAAGGACGUUAAGCUUGACGACAACGACGAAGACGACGAGGAGGACCAACCAGUCAAGCCAACUGCUCGGGCCAAGGCUGCUCCAAAAGCCAAGGCUGCGCCAAAGACUGCUCCCAAGGUCGUAGAUGUCGACGACGAAGAUGACGAGGAUGAUGAGCCGAUCAAGCCAAUUGCUCGGGGUAAAGCUGCACCCAAAGCCAAGGCUGCGCCGAAGGCUGCUGCUGCCGCCACGGCCACCUCGGCUCCAAAGGCCCGUGGUCGCCCCAAGAAAGAGGCAGCUCCGAAGCCCGCCCCCAAGUCCGCUCUCCCCACUUUAUCCCCGGCGGCCAAGGCCUAUGCUUCUAAGCAAGCCAAGGCAAGCAAGAAGAUCGCAGAUGAUUAUUCGGAGGAUGACAUCGAUGCCAUGGCUAAUGACAUUUUGGAUUCGCCAGCGGGCAAAGUGAAUGUGGAUAUUUCGGACGACGAUGAGCCCGCCCCAGCCCCCCGUCGCGCCGCUGCAAGCCGUCCUGCUCGUCGUGGUGCCACACAGCAGAAGAAGUCCUAUGUCAUUGAGGAUGAUAGCGAUGAAGAAGCGUCGGCCGAUGACUUUGAUGAAGACGAAGAUGAGAGCGACUAA